AUGCAAAUCCACUCCCCUCUUCGCCAUCUCGCACCUUCAUCUUCGCGCCUGACUGCCCGUCACACUCUCCAUCGCGCAUCUGCGACCCUCCUUAGCCCGGUCAUCCCCAUCAUUCGCACCCGUACUCCGCCCCGAUCCUCCUCCUCGACCCCUACCUCUGCCUGCCUGCGAUCCCUCAUGACCUCAACGAACCCGCAAACGCUCGCGUCCGUCUCAACGCACGAGACGUACCUCUCGCAAGGCAUCCCGUCCGCCUCGACCCUCGACCCCAACCCGAUCGUUCAGUUCUCGAAAUGGUUCUCACACGCUCAGUCCCGCCCAACCGACGUCCCCGAGCCUGAAGCGAUGUCCAUCUCCACCGUCAACUCCCAGACGCACAUCCCCUCGACCCGCGUCGUCCUCCUCAAGCAGGUUGACAAUCGCGGCUUCAUCUUCUACACCAACUACUCGUCGCGCAAGGGAAGGGAGCUCUUCCCUGACGGAGACCACGAGUCCGACUCACCGCGAGGAGGCUACGUCUCGCUUGCGUUCUACUGGCGAGCGCUUCACCUGUCAGUCCGCGUCGUCGGCAAGGCGGAGAAGGUCGACCGCGCGACGACGCAGGCUUACUACGAUUCGCGGCCCGUCGGAAGCCGCAUCGGCGCGUGGGCGAGCGAGCAGAGCACGGUCUUGAAGAGCGGCACGCGUGAAGAACUGGAGGAGCGGGUACACGAGUUUGAGCGGCGCUUUGGCGUCCCUGAAGGAACGGCGACCGGCUCAGCAGUCACGGCGGGACCUGCGUCCUCCGCUCCCGCGAAGCCCGUCGAGAACGUCAACAUUCCCGUUCCGCCGUUCUGGGGCGGCGUCAGGGUCGUCCCGUUCGAGGUGGAGUUCUGGGCGGGACGCGAGAGCAGGUUGCACGACCGCUACCGGUACACGAGGCCCGAGGGCGACGAGAAGAGCGAGUGGAAGAUCGAGCGGUUGAGCCCGUAG